GUGAGUGAGGGAAUGUGUGUGAGGGAAUGUGUGUGAGUGAGUGAAUGAAUAUGUGAGUGAGUGAAUGUGAGUGAAUGAAUGAAUAUGUGAGUGAGUGAAUGAAUGUGUGAGUGAGGGAAUGUGUGUGAGGGAAUGUGAGUGAGUGAAUGUGUGUGAGUGAGGGAAUGAAUAUGUGAGUGAAUGAAUGAAUAUGUGAGUGAGUGAAUGAAUGUGUGAGUGAGGGAAUGUGUGUGAGGGAAUGUGAGUGAGUGAAUGUGUGUGUGAGUGAGUGAAUGUGAGUGAAUGAAUUAAUAUGUGAGUGAGUGAAUGUGUGAGUGAGUGAAUGUGUGUGUGUGUGAGUGAAUGUGAGUGAAUGAAUGAAUGUGAGUGAGUGAAUGUGAGUGAGUGAAUGAAUAUGUGAGUGAGUGAAUGAAUGUGUGAGUGAGGGAAUGUGUGUGAGGGAAUGUGAGUGAGUGAAUGUGUGUGAGUGAGUGAAUGAAUAUGUGAGUGAGUGAAUGAAUGUGAGUGAGUGAGUGAGUGAGUGAGUGAACCCUCACUGGUGUCCCAUGCUGGGUGAAUUCUCCCACCUCACACCCAGCAUUUUUGUAAGAAUAUCCAGUCAUUAAAAACACUGGAUGGAAACGUUUUUAAUUCAGAUGGCUUAAUUUUUUAAAAAAAAAGCAAACCCACAGAGAAUCAGAGAGAGUGUACAGUUAUCAUACCCUUCUAUAUCUAGCGUGUGCACUCUGUAUGUAUGACUGACUGAAAGCUCUCUGGCGUAGUGGUUUGUAUAAGGUAAGGCCACCCGGGUGAUUUCCGCACACAUGCUCUGAGGGAGGGAAACGGUCAAAGUGCAGAACUAACCACCCGCCAGUGUGAAGAUGAAGGAGCCUCUGAGUACCUGCACCUACAACCUGCUGUACCAGGACCUAAAGAGAUUCUCAAAAAAUGGGGAAUAUUUCUGCAAAGAACUUGUAACAGUGUUCCAGCAAAGACAGUGUUGCAUUUUGAGAUCUGAGCUGGAAAUCAGCUACGCUAAAAGGCUGCAGAAACUCGCUGGGAAACUCCUCAGUGUGUCUAAAACGAUGACUAGCAACUCUACGUAUAACGCCUGGUCCCUUGUAUCAAACGAGAUGUUCUCAUCAGCAGAUGCACACAGAACACUAGGGCAAAGUCUUCACCAAGAUGCUGUCGUGGAAAUCCGUCAAAUGCUGGAUGAACACACCAAGAGGAAGAGACCACUGGAGAAUGCUAUUGAAAAAUCAAGGAAACUUGUGGUGAACAACUGGAAUGAACAACUAAAGGCAAAGAAAAAGUUGACUGCUUUAACCCGGGAGCACGAGGCACUCUUUAGCUUUGUGGAAAAGAACAAACACAUCUGCACAGAGAAAGAGAAACAGAAGAUGCUUAACAGAUUGAGUAAAUCAGCAGAGCUUCAAGUGAAAGCUGAUGAAGACUACUUCAACAUGAACCUGGACAGCUAUCAGAUUAGAUUGAAGUGGGAGAACACGCUUAAAAGCUGCUAUCAGAUUGUUCAGGAAACUGAGAAGCAAAGGAUAGAGGCUCUGAGCAACGCCGUGAAUAAGUACAAUCUCCACAUGUGCAGCUACAGCCAGACGCUACUUCAUAGUCAGGAGCAGAUUGAGGAGGCUGGCAGGAGAGUGGAUGUGGAGAAAGACAUUGAAACCCUGGUGGAAAGCACUUGUGUUACAGCAGAUGAUAACAAAGCUGAAUUCCUCAUCGUUGAUUACUUUGAGGAAGAAGGAAAGACAAUAAUGGAAAAAGAAAGACGGAGAGAUGCACUGAAGGCGAAACUCCAGCGAGUACAGGAGUGCAUUCUUAAAACAAAGAAAGAGAAAGAAGGCCUCGAGAAAAUGUUGGGACUAGACGCUGAAAAUAUCUCACACACGAGCAAGAAAACCCUGGAGGAACAAGAGCAGCUGCUCGAAGAGUAUGUCUUAAAACUGGACCUUUUGGAGGCCACCUACUGUAAACUGAACCAAUCGAUGAUGGACUUGGAAGGGAAACCGAAACCUUUCCAUCAUUUCAAUGACAGCAUCACAAAAUUCAAAGAAAAGGAAGUCGAGCACAGCAUAGUGAAACUACAUCGUCCAGUCCGGAUCAAAUCGACGGCGUUCAGAUCGCGUCAGUCUUUCAGGAGUUCGGUCAUUUUUAAGGCUCCUGUGAAAAAUGGUGUCGACAGUCAAGACUCGGUUCCCUCUGUAGAGGCUAGCAGCAGAUCAGCCAAAUACACACGCAAGCACAAGUCUGAGAUUGACAGAGCAUCUCCAAGGUCUCAGGAGGAAACCAGGGAAUGUGCUGAGUUCAGCAGUGUAGGUAAAUGUAAGGCUUUAUACGACUUCUCGUCAGAGAAAAAGGACGAGUUAAACAUUAAAGAAGGAGAUCUGCUGGACAUCCUUCGAAAAGACCACAGUGGAUGGUGGUAUGGAGAACUGAAUGGGAAGAGAGGGCACUUUCCUUAUAAUUAUGUUGAAGAGUUGCCUGUUUUGAGAAUGGCAAAGUCGUCUGAUGCGUAAAUCACGGAAAUAUCAGGUUUCAUUAUUUACCCGAGAAAGUGAUGGUAGUGUAGGAUAUUGCAAUGAGUAGUGUUUUAGGUAGAAACCUCAAGUUCGGUUUGAUUAUUUAUUACUUUUUAAAAAAGCGCUAGGUGGCACGGUGCAAACACACAAUCAUGCAGAUACAGGUCAGUUAAUGUUCACAUCAAACACCAGAGUGUGGAGAAUAAGAUCUCAGUGAGAUGCUUGUGAGGCUGGUAUGUGCAGUCCAGAAACUGCUGAUCUCCUGGACUUUUCACAUGCAACAGUCUCUAGACACGGAAUCAUGUGAAACCACAGCACUUCUGCAGGUGGAAACACACUUUGCUGAUGAGAGGAGAAUGAGCAGAAUAGUUUGAGCUCUACACUAACUCAGAUAAUCCAACCAGCUUGUCUGACCCCAACAACCAGCCACAGUCACUGAGAUUAAAUGUUUUUUUUAUCUUUUCGGAGAUGUUCUGUAUCUGUGUGGUUUUGUGCAGCAGCCACAUGAUUGGCUGAUAAUUGGUUGAAUGGAGGUGUGUGUGAGUGUGGUGGUCUGGGAAAACCCAUUGGAUCUAGUGGUGGCUGAAUUCUGAGAAAAAGACAAAAACAUAGUUUCUGAUGUUGACAAAUCUACUUUAAGAAAACGUAAAUAUUACUAAAACAAAAUAAUUUCAUUACUACACUCAUCAGACUGGUUACUGAAAGGAAAAUGCUGUCAGCAGCAUUAAUAACAAUAUCACUAUAAUAAAUAUCGUUCAGCUAUACACUAUCAUGCUUGGGUACAGGAACUGCAAAACAGGAUGUUAAAAUCCAAUUAUAUACAUUCCAUAAAUUCUAAAGAUACAACAUCAGUAAAGGUACGAGACGCUAGGGGAUUGUUAGGGAUUGAUCCAAAUAAAUUUAAAUUUAAGUCUAAUAUUAAUCUUGGACUUUUUGUACCGUAUUUCUUAUGUUCUGUAAAGCUGCUUUUGUCCAUUGGUAAAAGCGCUAUACAAAUAAAACUGAAUUGAAUUGAA